UUCAUACACAUCUAUGCACCGACAGUAGCCAACUCUUGGGAGGUGUGUUUCUGGUGUCAUGGUCAGGAUCAACUCGACAUUGACCAGGGAGGAGCUGGGAUUUGACACCUCUCCAUCACUAACUCGUAGUGAGCCCUUAACAUGAUAUCGACAGAAGAGCUGUUAGUCUGAAUGAGGGGUUCAGCCAGGAUAGGCAAUCUAUGAGCACAGAGUCAAUUCGAAGUAGGGUUAGCCGGCAGGUUGCCGACAGAUGCGGCUUCAGGGUGCAGUCCGAUGCCUUCAGCCGCGGGCUCCAAGACGCUGCUGAUCAACGCGUUCCGUGAGCACCGCACGAGCGAUGGGAGCCUUUCAACCAAAGUUGUUGUCUCCAUUAUGUUGUUCCAUUUUCUCUCUUUCUUUAUUAGCAUUCUUCUUCUUGAUACUUAUCGUAUUCAUUUUUGCAGUGAAGUAAGUUGGUAAACACUGCGCGUGAGCUCCAGCUGUUCGUGGGGUUCCCUCACGCAACUUGGGCUGCUCGCCAUCGUUCCGCAUGCGGAGCGAUGGGGAGGAGCUGGGCGUUGAACAGGGUAACAGGAUAUCCACAUCAGAGCUGUGGUUAGUCUGAAUGAGGGUUUUAGCCAGGAUAGACAAUCUAUGAGCACAGAGUCCAUUCAACGUAGGCUAUAAACUAUACACAAGAGUCAAAGCAUGUUGCCGUGGCGACCGUUGGGGCGGGUCUUCCUGGUUGCGUCACCUCUGAUGGGGGUGAUUAUGCUGGCCCUGGCCCUACACCAGCGAUCACAGUUGGACCGGAGAGCGACGCGUCACGGAAACCACAUCAGUGACCAGCAGGCUGCCAACUGGUGCGGCUUCAGGGUGCAGUCCGAUGCCUUCACCCGGGUAGCGGGCUCCAAGACGCUGCUGAUCAACGCGUUCCGUGAGCACCGCACGGCCAACGCGAGCGUUCGGCUAAUCGCCAUCGUUCCGCAGGCGGAGCGCGCGCUGUCGGGGCGCUGUGUGUUUUGCUGCCGAGAGCGAGGAGAGGUGGUUACCGUGGAGGCCAAGCGCACCACGCACCCGUCCAACUACUUUUUUUCAUACGGGACGGGAGACUUCCUGUGCCCGAUGCCCUCUGGCUGCCAGCCCAGGUACGUCGGGCUGGUGUCGGAGGACGGCAAGGACCUCUCCGACCUCACCCUCCUGCCCGUCCUGAACCGGCGCGCCCCAGAGCGCUCCCGGAUGCCCCUGAACUUCACGCUCUGCAUGCCCAGCCUGUUCAACCACUACGACAACGUGCUGCAGUUCGUCCAGGCGAUGGAGCUCUACCAGCUGCUAGGUAUCCAAAAGGCCUUCCUAUACAAGACGAGCUGCUCCGCUACCAUGGAAACGGUGCUUCAGUACUACUCCGGCAAAGUGGGUUUUCUUCAGGUGUUGCCCUGGCCAAUCAGCUCCCACUUGAAACCGUCCUCCAGCUGGCUUCCGUCGACUUCGCCCGGGGAUAUCCACUACUACGGCCAGAUCCCCGCCAACAACGACUGUCUCUACAGGAACAUGCACCAGUCCCGAUACGUCCUCAUGCAUGACCCAGAUGAGGUGAUCGUACCCACCGGCAACGUGUCUUUUCAAACGUUGAUGUCUGAUCUGGAGAAAGCCCAUGGCGAGAACGUCAACUUCUACUUUCCCAACAACAUUUUCCGUCUGGAGGAAAAGGAGGAAAACAGCAAGUAUGACCUUCUGGAGUGGAAGCACCUUCCCGGCACCAACUUCCUGUUGCACACGCUGAGGGAGACGGACGGGGCGGGUGGGAAGCUGGUCCUGGAUCCACGCAGCGUUCUCCAGAUGGAGGUCCACGCCGUCCAGGCACACUUCAACAAAGGCCGCACAGAGACGAUUGGUUCAGAGCAGGGCCUCCUCCACCACGUCCGCCGGAGGAAGAACAGCCAGCAGAAGAGUGACCUGGUCCGGGAAGAGGGGCUGCUGAAGAUGGCUCCGGCUCUAGUCCAACGGGUCAACCGCGCCCUGAGCAGCAUGGGUCUCCUCAACACCUCCUUCGGCCCGGCACCCCACUGAUGCUCAUCGUCUGCCGACUCCCCCAAACGUACAUUUUCGAUCCUCUGUGAGCUGUGUAUGACGGAUAAGAUCCCCGCCCCGGGUGGAACAACGGCACUGACGCAAGCGAGAAGAGAUGCCCCUCUCUUGUCCCUAGGAGGCGGUUUUACGAGGCGGUUUUACGUUCAGUGUUGUUUACUGAGAACUUGCAUAACUCUUUGUUGCUUUACCCUACAUACAACAGUAUGCGCGCAGGCACAUUUCAGUACCAUAUAUGACAGUCACAGUCGGCAGAGGCUUUGGUGACCGCAUUAAUGCCUCGUGCCUACUGCCUCCGUCCGUUGACUGAUCCCCAUUGACUUUGAAUGGGGACGGACGCGCAAUGCAUUGUGGAAUCGUGCGCUGAAGGCUCCGUCAAAAAGUUUAACGAUUUUCAACUUUUUCGGCAGCAACGGAUCCGUCAUCCAAUCAGAUCGCGUAUGCAAAUGUGUGUAAUGUCUCGGGCUCUGACGACCCCGGAAAGCUCCCCAAAUCCGUCAGCCACGCCUUCCGACGUCCUUUGACUGACGGUGCAGUGGGCACGAGGCGUUAGCUGUAUGUUUCAGUCAAGGGGGAUCCAAAGAGGAGUAUCAGAACCAAAAAUGGUGCUUGUCGCCUAUCCAGAUUAUAGAUAAAAUAUAUGUCAGAUUCCCAUUCCCCUUCCAUUCUGUGAUCGGCAGUGAUCGGCAAUCGGUAGAUCUUGUUUUUGGUAAUCGGUGAUCGGAGCAUCUCUAGCUAGUACUAUCUGUAAGAGCCAUUUUCCUGUUUUCCAUAACCCUAACCCUGGGGUUAAGGUUAGGGUUUUAUACCUUUAUACCUGUGAGGGCACAGGUAUAAAGGGUACGUCAUUUGGGUUACCUCUGUUGUUUGACCCCGGAAGGGGUCAAACAAUGUUAUGUUUCUGAGGAUGUUAUGUUUCUGAGGAUCUAUAUGAAUGUAUUCCGUAUUCACAUGCAAUAGGUGUCAUGGUGAGGAAAUAAACGAGUUGCAAACCGGA